CAGCGAGCCAGCCACACUCGACGGGGGAAAGCCCUGCUGGAAACGAACGCCUUGUACCUAGUCCAUGGCAACUUGCGUUCCUUGCCUAGCCCUCUUCGCUACGUUCCUAGUUCCCACCCGACGCGCCAAUCGUUUUUCUUCCGGCAAUGUCCUCCUUGGAUCUCCCUGCGGUGUUCGGGGUAAUAAAAGCCGCAGUCACUACACCGUCAUCCGGCUGUCUUUUGGCCGGGUUGAUAACCGGGAUUGGAUCAAACAGUGGCCAGUGGGCGUUUGGAACCCUGCGUAAACUCGCUUUUCCCCAAUGGGCUACGUGAGCCGCGGGGAAUGUGGGAGAUUCUCCAACGUUUUGCUGAGCCGGGCGAUAGCAACGUGGCGCCCAGCAGAGUGGGU